AUGUCUAAAGAUCUGAUUGAAUUAAAGAAAAGAAAAGCCAGCGAUGUGGAACUGGUAGAAAAGAAGAAGAAACAUAAGAAGGACAAGAAAGAUAAGAAGGAAAAGAAGCACAAGAAGGAGAAAGAAUCGAAAAAGGAUAAGAAGGAAAAAAAAGACAAGCAUGAAAAGAAAAGUAAUGAUGAGGAGGCCACCCCUAAAGCUGCUAACUUUUCUUCGAGUUCUACAGGAUCUUAUUCUGAAAGUAAAGAACUAAAAAGCGUACCUCAGCAGAAGAUUGAUGAUUUUUUUAAGGAGAAUGAAGUAACGGUGGAGGAUUCUGAAAAGCUUGAUUUGCGUCCAUUACUCUCCUUCAACCAAAUAUCCUUGGAAUCCGAAAUACAGGAGGAAAUUUCUAAAUUCCCCAAACCAACUCCAAUCCAAGCGAUUUCUUGGCCAUAUUUGUUAUCAGGAAGAGAUGUUGUUGGUGUUGCUGAGACAGGCUCAGGUAAGACCUUUGCAUUCGGUGUUCCUGCUAUCAAUAAUAUUUUGACCUCUGAGGAAGGGAAAAAAACCAAGGGUGUUCAAGUCCUUGUCAUUUCGCCCACUCGAGAAUUAGCAUCACAAACCUAUGACAAUUUGAUUCUUUUAACUAACAAGGUUGGGUUGCACUGUUGUUGUGUUUACGGUGGUGUUCCGAAGGAUGCUCAAAGAACGCAGUUGAAAAGGUCGCAAGUUGUUGUUGCUACUCCCGGAAGAUUGCUCGAUUUGAUUCAGGAAGGCUCGGUCCGCUUAUCAGACGUCAAAUACUUGGUGCUGGAUGAAGCCGACAGGAUGUUGGAAAAGGGUUUUGAAGAAGACAUCAAGAAAAUUAUCGGUGCCACCAAGUCCCAGGGAAGGCAAACGUUAAUGUUUACUGCUACUUGGCCAAAGGAAGUCCGUGAAUUGGCCAAUUCCUUCAUGAACAACGCUGUAAAGGUUUCCAUCGGUAACCGUGAUGAAUUGUCCGCAAACAAGAGAAUCACGCAAAUCGUUGAAGUCAUUGAUUCAUUCAGAAAAGACAAGAGAUUAUUGGAAUUAUUGAAAAAAUACCAGUCAGGGCCCAACAAGAACGACAAAGUAUUGAUUUUUGCCCUUUAUAAAAAGGAAGCUGCUCGUGUUGAAAGAAAUUUGAAAUAUAAUGGAUACGAUGUGGCUGCAAUUCAUGGUGAUCUAUCGCAACAACAGAGAUCCCAGGCUUUGAAUGAAUUCAAGGCAGGGAAAUCUAAUCUACUCCUUGCAACUGAUGUUGCAGCACGUGGCCUAGAUAUUCCAAACGUCAAGACUGUAAUAAAUUUGACAUUUCCCUUAACGGUAGAAGACUAUGUGCACAGAAUUGGUAGAACUGGAAGAGCAGGUCAAACCGGUACUGCGCACACCUUAUUCACAGACCAAGAAAAACAUCUCGCGGGCGCUUUGGUGAAUGUUUUGAAUGGCGCCAAUCAGCCAGUGCCAGAGGAGCUGAAGAAAUUUGGAACGCACACAAAGAAGAAGGAACACAGUGCCUAUGGUGCUUUCUACAAAGACGUAGAUACCACCAAAAAGCCAAAGAAGAUUACUUUUGAUUGA